UCCAACUAAGCUUUCAAAAGCAGAAACCAUUAAUCAUGGUUUGUAUCAACUCAAAUUCAUUUCUCCUUCUAGCCACCUUUAUUCUUAUUUCUUCAUCCUUUUCUCCACGCUGUCAUGGAGAGAAUACUCAGUUUCCUCACCGACACGCCAUGCACAGUGAGGGGAUGGCCGAUUUGGGUGGACAUGGUGUCGUUUUCUUGGAAACCGGGAGGUCAGUUCUUGAGAAUGGCGACUCUGAACGAAACCCAUCUUUGAUAUUAGCCGCAAAGAGAACGAAGAGGAUAGACCCACUUCAUCAUUUCAAGUACUAUAAAGGCGGAUGGAAUAUCAGUAACAGAAACUACUUUUCUUCUGUGGGGUUCACUGCUGCUCCCCUGUUCCUCAUUUCCGCAUUCUGGUUUCUGGGAUUUGGCAUGUACUUGUUGAUCAUCUGUUUACGCCAUUGUUGCAGCCAACGACAGCAUUAUGUCUAUGAAAAAAAAUCCAACGCUCUCUCCCUUAGUUUCCUCGUGCUUUUCACCACUGCUACAAUUGUUGGAUGCGUGGUUCUAUACACCGGUCAGGGAAAGUUCCACAGUAGUACAACAAGUACACUGGAGUGCAUUGUGAAGCACUCAAACAGCACUGUCCAGAAUCUUAAGAAUGUAUCAUACUAUCUUUCUACAGCCAAGCAGCUUGGAGUGGACCAAUAUUUCAUGCCUUCCAAUGUCCAGGCCAACAUUGACAAUAUCCAAAUAAAGAUUAAUGCUUCUACCACCUUUCUUGAAGAAAAGAAAGAUAGCAAUCCAAAUAGUAUACAAUAUGUUUUAGAUUCUGUACAACUAGCAUUAAUUAUAAUUGCUGCUGUAAUGCUCCUCUUGUCCCUCACUGGUUUCUUCUGCUCUGUUCUCAACCUGCAGCUUCUCGUAUACAUUUUGGCAACCAUAGCAUGGAUUCUCGUUGCGGGCACAUUUAUCUUGUGUGGCGUAUUUCUUCUUCUCCACAAUGUGGCAGCAGACACGUGCGUUGCAAUGAACGAGUGGGUUCAACAUCCCACAGCUCGUACAGCUUUAGAUGACAUUCUCCCUUGUGUGGACAAUGCAACCGCCCAAGAAACCUUGGCUCAAAGCAAGGAUGUGACCUUCCAAUUGGUGAAUGUGGUUAACAACUUCAUCACUAAUGUGUCGAACAAGAAUUUCCCCACUCAAGUGAAACUGGAACCUUCGGUUUCCUACAAUCAGACCGGUCCAUUGGUGCCUGUCCUCUGUAAUCCAUAUCAACCGAACAAGACUCGCCGGGUUUGUGAAGCUGGUGAAGUAGACUUCAACAAUGCCGCACAGGAAUGGAACAAGUACCUCUGUGAAGUUUCAGCAGAUGGUAUAUGCACCACUCCCGGCCGUUUGACCCCCAAAUUUUACAAUCAGAUGAGUACUGCAGCCAAUGUGAGCACUGCAUUGUAUCACCAUGGGCCAUUCCUUGUUGAUCUGCAAGAUUGCCCUUCUGUUCGAAGAACCUUCACUGACAUCAUUAAAGAUCAUUGUCCUAGACUGAGGCGGUAUAGUGAAUGGAUCUACAUUGGGCUGACUAUGGUCUCAUCUGCAGUAUUGCUUUCUUCGAUCAUCUGGAUAUCCUAUACAAGACUGAAGCGUGGUAAGGAAUAUAUCAGACAAUAUGCAGAUAUGCCUUCUCAAGAUUCUCUACAAUUACAGAAAGGAAUGAAGAAGUAGCUUUGGAGUUCAUGUUUUUUACUCUCAAGUUGGACUGUUAUUGUGGAGUUUGUUGUUUCCAAGUCAUAUAUAUAUACAUGUUAGUUGGAUUUUAGGUUUUGUAUGCUUAUUCUGCUGACAUCUCUUAGCUUGAUAGUUUUGUAACAUCACACCUUAGACCAUUCAGACAAUUAAUGUUUUAAGAUUAUACCACCUGCAAUAGGAGGUUGGGUCUGUAUUAAGGUCCCUUAAACUUGUAGCAUGUUUGUAGUAGAUGUCUUGACUGUACAUUAGUUUUUAUUGGGUUUUAUCCCAGAG